AUGGCUCAACUUGAAGAUCAGAAGCAGGAGGACGAAUGCAUACAACAAGAAGACUACGACGAAAACUCGGAAGACUCUGACGAGUCCUCAGAUGAACUCUCAAAAAGGUUUUUCCCUGCAAAUUUCAUCCACUUUUGAUACUUCUACCUUUUUGUAGACAGUCACUCGAUUUUUGGGUAUAACACCUAAACACUAUCAGAAGCUAGGGAAGACAGCUUUCUUUUGUCUCAUAAAUUAGGCACGACCUCAUGACCAAAACUCAGUGCCACAUGCUAGAUCUCGUUACACGAUCAGACAGUGUUUUAGUAAUGUGUCAGUGGUCAAGAACUUCAGACUUGUGCACGUCUCCCUACUAGACGUGUGCAUCGUAUGACACUGCAUUGUAGGUGACAGUUAUUUCCGGUGAAAAACGCUACUUCUACUUGCUUGUUGCUCUUCCCUUUAUGCGCCAGUCACCAACCUGCUGUUCGAUAAGUUAGAGUUCUAGGUGGUCGAGUUCGGCAAACGUACGCUUUCGACUAUUCGUCAACAAAUAUAUGGAAGAACGACCACCAAAAUCUGAUGUGUCGACGGCCGAGAAGAAGGAAUUAUUUCUCAUUGCCAUUUCGAGGGGAUCCGGCGAGCGAAAUCCUAAAUCGUCGCUUAGAUUCUGCUAUCGCGCGCACGUACUCAGCCGCUAGGAUAAGAUUGGUGUUCACAGGCACUCCGUUUCUUCGCAUUUUCAGACCUAAUCAAUGUUCAUCUACGUCAUCACUUGCUCCUGUGGGAAAGGUUAUAUUGAUCGAACAACUAGGCGUCUAUCUAAGCGGAUGCGAAAGCACCAUCCUGCCCAGCCAAAUUAAGGUGGAGAAAAGUCCAUCUCUAGCGCAAUUAUCUCAGUUAGCGCAUAGAUCAUUGAUGGAGCGAAGCAGAUGCCUAUUUCUUGUUUUUCGUUGGGAUGAAUCUCCAAUCUUGCACUUUUAAGAAUGCCGACGGUAGUCUGGACAUUUUUCGUUUCCAAAAAAGGAGCGCCCUCUCUCGGGCUAAGUCCGUUUUCUGUUGCAUUGUUUGAUGCCUACCGACCUACAGAGUGUUUUCCUUUAAAGAAGAGGAGUUCACUACCCAUCUUAGAUACUGGAAUUCGGACUACUCCAAAGUCUCUAGAUAUUUGUUUUUGGUCAACAUUGACGCUCUCAAUUUUAAAGGUUUUGCCAGUGUUAUUGUAAGCCGCACACUCAGGCUUCCGCUGAAAAUUCAGUAACUUCUGUUGGAUUUGUUAUUCAUUAGAACUGGCCGUUUAUAGUGUGAAUCUCGCAAGCGACGAAGACUGGACUACUGCUUUCAGCUCCUGAUAAUGAUAUUAUGAUACUUGCGAUAGUGGCGAUACGUAGAUGCUUACUGUUGAUCAAACCCCCUUCCGCCGACUUUAGGACGCGAUAUUUCACGAUCACAAGUCAACCGAGUCGGUUUCGGGUGUGCUUACCUGGACGUCCUUAACGCAUCUUUUACCCAUGGGUCCGCGCCCCUUCGGAAGAAUCCAAGUUUUAACACACCAACUUUCUGUAUUUUCAGUUUGGAAGAGACUCCUACGCUUAUUUACUUCGAAAAAUCUAUCAUUUAGUGAGCCGUUUAUAUACGCAAACUAUCUCCUAGCACUGGCGUAACCGAGUUAAUUAAUUCAGUAGCAGAGAAACAUGUUUCAUCCUAGUCUGCCGACGGCCUAUACAUACGUUGGUUGAGCUAUCUGCUGUGGACGCAUGAAAGAGAGUAAGGUGAAUAGCCUACUCUGACGUCGGUUAGACUAUUUGCAGCCUUCAAUAUCUGAAUAUGAUGGUUUGCAUGCGACCAGAUUUCGACUGGGAAAGUUGCGAUUUCCAUUAUGUUUAUGAAGGAACCCUGUCGUAUACAGAAUCUAUUGGAGCUGCCUAAAGGUUUUUUGUGAUUUAUUAUGUUUUUCUCCUCUUUUCUGAUGGCAGCUUAAGCCAUCGCACUUUCGUAUCCCUAUCCGAAAGUAUGUUACUUAUUCCUUGUUCGCCCUGCCACUGAAAGGCAUUUGACUAGCCACCCGCAGCGACUCUUCUCAAAUAGGAGCCCAACUGUUUGUUUCUCAUGGUAGGUGUAUAUUUGUCUGUGCUUGCCGCGUUUUUAGUCCUGUAUUUAGCCGAGUCUUCCCAGGAUCCCAUUGUUCGUUAUAGAAAUGGAAGAAACUUUUUUCGUUGUGUAAGCAUGGACACAUUUUCGCCCCUUUUCUCUAAAACAGCGUACAAGUCUCCGAUUUUUUUCAUCCAGACUGGGCGACAUAGAUCUCACAGCGCCAGACUUUGAUGUUGAUGUUGUGUGGAGCCGUCUGUCAAAAGAAGAAAAGCGCGAAUUCCAUCGACAACUCGCCAAUGGCACAAUUUAUUCAUCCAUUCCUCUUUGGACGCCGUGGUGGCAUCCUUCAGCAAAGGACCUCAUAGCGUCCUUUCCCGACGAUUGUAUCGAAAGUGCCAGCCUUCCGGUUUUGCGCCCAGUGAGACCACUUUCCAAACUUUUGUCCUCCGAGCCGCAUCCAUCAGUCGUGUAUGCGUUGGCCGAAGUUCUCUUGGGGUUUGCGUUGACAGCCAGGUUUGCACUUUUUAUUUCUUGCUUUUCCAAUUAUUUGUUACUUUCAAAAUUUUCUGACCCCUGUAUAUGCUUGACUUGUGUAAUUUUUCAUCUGUUUCAGGUAUUAUAAUGGCGAAUACCUGCAGGAUAUGUACUUGGAGUCAGCAGACUUCCUCCUUAAGUUAGUGAGUUGUCUGGGCGCACCACAAAUGUCUCAGUCGGACUUGCAUAGGACCCAGGCGGACAGGACACGGAUAAUCAGGGAGACUUCCACAACAGCACCCAUCUUCACCAAUUUUGAAGAGGUGUUGGCCUUUUUCCAGUUUCGUUUGGCCGAGAACCGCCUUGUCUGCUCUUCUUCCACGAUAGUCUUAUCGACAGACGACCUGCACCGUUUGCUGGAGAACAUCCAAUUUGCACAGCGUGCUCUCUCCGAAGUCGAAGAACUUCUAGAGAGGGCCGCAUCGAAAAAGUCAAAGUCAAGAGUGCUGCAGUUUGCCCUCCGAAAAAUGACUUUUUUGCGAGCCUGUGUGGGGGAGCAGGACGUUUCGGCAAAAAAGUGGCUGGGCGAAAUUCUGCCUCGCUUGAAACGGGAGGUCGAAGCAUCGCUUUGCAGUCAGGCCAUGCGGGUCGAGAUGGAGAAUAAAGCCCAAAAUUACAGCCAACCUGUACGCCACUCUGCUUUACCCGAUUGGCGUAACAUCAUUCGGUCAAAAAUGCCUCAACAACCAAUUCUUGACUGCACAUCUCCGUCCGAUCCAUAG